UUGGGACUGAAGCAAAGAAACAUGGCGUGUUACUUGUGACUGCUAGCUUGGUUGACUAGCCAGCUAAUAUUUAGCAAUCUGUAUUAAAUCACAAUGAUAUAGUUAUCUAGAGACAUCAUAUUUAACUACAUCCACCCAGCAAGUCCUCCGCUAAGUAGCUAAGCUAGUUAACUAGAGUUUUUAAGCGUGUUUUCUUUUUCUAAAGUAGCCUAGUAGUAGUGAAUUUGCUUGCAAUCUAAUGUUUAUUAGGGUACUUUACAGGGUUCCUCAAUUGGCCUAAAUGUUUGGUUAACUUGGAUAAAGCAAGAUUUUGUCAGGCAUGGAUCGAUUCUGUGCAUCAGAAAGGUUUGAAUAUCUGCAGGGGCUGGUGACUGAGUUUCAGGAUACGGAUAGUGAAGAAGCUAAAGAGCAAGUUCUGGCCAAUUUGGCCAACUUUGCUUAUGAUCCUCGUAACAUGGAAGCCUUGAGGAUGCUGCAAGUGACUGAGCUCUUUUUGGACAUGCUGACAGAAGAAAAUGAGAACUUUGUGGAGUUUGGAAUUGGUGGCCUGUGUAACAUCAGCAUGGACCAAGAAUGUCGUGACCAGAUUUUGGAGAGUGAAGGAAUUCCGCUGGUGGUUGGAUGCUUGUCCAGCCUCAGAGACGAGACCGUUCUCUCUGCCAUCACAACACUAAUGAACCUUUCCACAGCAGCGUCCCACUCCAAAAUCACAGACAGUGCGGUGGUCCAGUGCAUGCUGCGCUUCUCACUUACACAGAACCCUCGCCUCAGCAACCUGGCCACGGUCUUCCUGCAGGACUACUGCUCACAGGAACAGGUGAACAGAGCCAGAGAACUGAUGGAAGGACACAGCCAGUCAGCAGUCGGAAUUCCACUGCCAAAAAACUAGCAAACCAUUCCGUGCUUGUUAGAUCUUUGGAGAUGGUCAUGAAUGGUUCUGGUGCUGGGACUGUGAUGUUUGAGUUUCCUUUUUUUAUAUUUAUAAAUGUCUUCUGUGUA